GUUAGUUAUAAAAAUAUGCUCAUGGCGAACGGACCGAUAAACGCUGUGUCGUGAAACGCUUUGUCUCGCGUCUCGUGUAAUAUUUUUCUUCUGCUUUUUUUCAUUCAACGAAAAGAAACAGAUCGUUUGUGUUAUUUGUUAGUGUGAGCUUGAGUUUUUUUUAUAUAUAUAUAUUUUCUCUAUAUGUACGCUUGUGCUUUCUUCAAUGGAAAGAUCAUUCGGUUGAAUACUGUGCCAACAAGUGAAUUUAACAAGACUUUUGUUAUCGGGUCGCCGCUAUCGUCAUACGAGAUCAAACGGUGAAAUUUCAUUCAGAUAAAUUACUGAAAUUAUUGCGGUGAAAACAGGGUGUUGUCAUACCGACACUGUAAUCAUCAUCAGAGUGCACGUAUAUGCAAUUCAAUUGCACUCACUGAUGGACUAUUUUGUGAAAUAAAGGAGAAAAAAAGUUUUGUUGCUAAAGUGCUUUUUUAUUGUGUGGGGUGCUAAAUAAAUUCAUUGACACGUCGAAAAUAGGUAUCUUCAGAAAACAAAUAAUUACAAAGUGACUGUUGUUGAAGCGAAGACAAAAUUGUUUAUUUUAAAUCGUUGAAUAUUGCGGCAGGCACGAAGUAAACAGAAAAUGAACUAAUUAUAUUGCUGACUGAGUGUUAAAUAAAUACAUAUUUUUUUGGGUGCAGUCAUUUUUAUGGCAACACACAAAUGAGUUCACUUAUCGCCGAAUACGCCAAGUUUUGAUGUCAUACUCAAAUAAACCCAUCAUCUCGUCGUCUCUCUUAUUUACCUAUUUGUGAAAAGAAGACGCAACCAAUUUUGGUAUUUGGCAAAUGUUAAUUUGAAAAACAUGCUUAUUUCUUCACAUUCACGCGCUGCGAAUGCUUAAUAUGUCGAUUUAAAUAAAUAAAAACGAAUAUUGAAUGCUAAAUAGUGACUUAGUGUGGAUUCUAGAAGAACUGAACGCCAUAGAAGAAUGUGGUGAAAAGUGUACGCCAUUAAAGAACAAAAGUUUAUUGUGAAUGUGAAUUUUGGCCGCUUAUUUGCUCAUCAUUAAAAUUCUAUUUUGGAUGUGUACAUUUCAGCCGCCUUUCAAAACGGACAUAAAUAAUAUUGAAUUUGUGCGCAUUUACGAUCGUGCGAAGGUUGAAACAGUAAUGACAUUUAACGGUGAUCACAAACCAAUCGAAACAAACAUUUGAACGUAUAACGUUUCAAAACACAUUUGUUGGAUUUGAGUUGGCAGUGGCGCAUUUUUCGUCUAUAUGGGCAUUUGAUUCAUUUUGUAUUGAGUAUAAGGUGUAAUUGCGGAGUUUAGUUUAUUUGGAUGCUUGUGCCUUCAAUUACGCAGCAAUCUCCAACUAUAAUUGGCACGAUUUUUUUCUAUUUCAUUUGGAGUCAUACCUUUUGGAUAAUUGCAUACACAUCACAGAUUUAAUCAUCGUUUCGUGCUAAGCACAUACUCAUCAUCGAUUCCGAAUAUAGUCAAUCAAUAGUCUUUACCGAACGAAUACACACAAAUAAUUAGAAUAAAAUGAUGGAACCAGCAACAAUUUUCGUAUUAACGGUUCAAUUGAUUGCGCUGUUUUCAAUUGCCGGUGCCUUACUUCUAUAUUUGUUGUGUAAAGUACAUCGUACGCGGCAAAUGCCAAUCGGGCCACAAGGCGGUUCGAUUCUAAUCACCAGUGCGGAUACAGCAUUAGGUUUGCAAUUAUGUACGCAUUUAGCCAGUCGUGGUUGCCGUGUAUUUGCUGGUAUGAAAGACCCCAUCGAUUCGUUGCCGGCCAAAUUGUUAAGAGGUUGGAUGAAAGCUCGUGAAAAUUCCAUCGCACGUGUGCAUGGUUCGAUAGUACCUCUACGCUUGGAUGUGACACGUGAAGAUGUGCUAAAAGAGGCCACCGAAGCGAUUGGCGCUCAUUUGAAUGCAAGCGAACGAGGUAUAUCGGCUGUUGUAAACACGGCUGGGUCAGUUGUAAGAGGUCGCAUAGAAAGUCAAGAUUCAAUGCAUUGGGAAACAAUGUUUAAAACGAAUGUUUUGGGUUCGUUGCGUACGGCCAGAGCUUUUAUUGGACUGUUGCGACCAACACGUGGACGUCUAAUCUAUUUUGGUGCAUGCAAUCCAGGUGACGGUUUAGUUGCGUUCACAGCAAGUCGUGUUGCUGUUGAAGGCUGCGUUGAUGCAUUACGUACCGAAUUACAAAAUUACGGCAUCAAUGUCGUCGCACUCGAUUCGAGAGGAGUCAUUGCUGAAUCAAUGUUCAAGGCGCCAAUCCCAUUCACUUUAAGCGGAGAAUCGAACGCACCGACCCAGUAUUCGGCUGAUGUUCUUACGCGCAGCGCAUUGGAAGUAAUUGAAAAUGCGUUGUGGGAUCCACGACCAGAAUCACGUUACCAAUUAGCGGUUCCGAAUUCAAAGCUGUAUGCGCUGAAAAUGUCCUGUCGAAACUCAUUCCGCAGUGCACGCAAAUUCAAUCCAUCAAUGAUUCAAGUUUAAAAUUCACAUUCUUCAAUUAUAUACACAAUAUUUCAUCCCAUUUAUACAGUAAUAUGCUCUACAAUUUGUACAUAUAACUAAACUCGAAUUAAAUGAGCAAUUUAGGCCAUAAAUUCAUUGAAAAGACACUACUUACUAUUUAAAAAUAAAAUACAAAGAAGAAGAAAUUCAUUAGGAUAUUUCGAUAUUUAAAAAAAUAUUAUAAUCAUAACCUUAUAUUAAAUACUUUAUGUGUAUAAAAAUAAAUUCAAAAAGUCAAAUUUCUAAAAGAAGUGCUAUAAUUCUUUUCGGAAAGAUUGUUUAUUUUUUGGAAAGAGAAUUUCUUCUUCUUUGUAAUGGCAUCAUAUGUCAAAUCUUUCUAAAUUAAGAAAGGACAAAUAAAUGAUUUUUCAAUUCAAA